CCCUGCGUAAAAUUUAAGGAAGAAGUUGCAUCUUUUCCUCCAGUUGAUUGUCGGUACGGCUGCUUCGAGUCAGACUUGAUGUAUAGUUGACCUGUCCCGCACCAGAGGCCUGUUCGGACGCCUUAAAGCGACGCGGGACUGUCAGAUAGAAGAGCCGACGCACAAGAUGAGAUUUUCAGCGUUUGUUUCUGUCCUGCGGUCGUUCGGCCCGGUGGUUAUCGGCAUUUCUUUAGGCUUUACGUUGAGUUUAUUGAGCGUGAACUGGACGGAAGAAGCAUGUUACCUUGACGGUAAGGAAGGAGAGGAUGCGACUUUGAGUCAGGAUGGACAGCUCAAAGGAGCCAGAAAGCCCAACUCUAUAUCCACUGUCAACGACGUGGAGUCCGAAGAGGAUUUUGAACCAAGAAUAGUCCCAUAUAAACAAGUCCAGCAGAGCGCCCCGAAGAAAGUUUUCAGGGCUAAAUACAUCAGCACAGAGUUGGGAAUGCGAGAGCGUCUGUUUGUUGGAGUCCUGACAUCCAAAAACACCAUAAACACUCUGGGUGUAGCUGUCAAUCGCACCAUCAGCCAUCACCUGGACACUGUAAUCUUCUUCACUGGCAUGCGCAACCGAAAAGUCCCUCACGGCAUGUUUGUUGUCUCUCACGGAGAUGAAAGACUGAUAUGGAACAUGUUUCAGAAUAUCAAAUACAUUUUCGACCAUUACAUCAAUGAAUACGACUGGUUUUACUUCAUCCAAGAUGACGCCUACACAGAAGCUGACCGCAUCAAAACCCUGGUGGAUCACCUGAGUAUGGAUCGAGAGCUGUACAUGGGCAGUCCGGAGGAGUUCAUAGGGGGAGAAAUGGAAGGGAAGUACUGCUACGGAGGGUUUGGAUACCUCCUGUCACGUACUUUGCUCCUCCGACUCCAGCCCUACUUGGAAAACUGUAGGAAUGACAUCCUGAGCGCAAGGCCUGAUGAAUGGCUUGGAAGAUGCAUCAUUGAUUACACGAACACAAACUGUGUCAGUGAAUAUGAGGGGUUUCAGUACCACCAUUAUGAGUUGGGGAAAAACUCUGAUCCCAGUAAAGAACAGAGCGAACACUUCAAGAAUGCCCUGACUGUCCAUCCAGUGUCUGACCCUGAACAGAUGUACAAGCUGCACAGAUACUUCACUGAGAUUGAACUCCAGAAGACUUACGAUGAGAUUGCUAAGCUGCAGGCAGAAAUAAAGAACGUGAGCGUGGUUGCUUUUGAGGGCAACCGAAGCGCCCAGUGGCCCGUCGGGAUCAAUCCACCUUUUGAACCAAAAUCUCGGUUUGAAGUUCUGAAGUGGGAAUACUUUACAGAGGAGGAGAUUUAUUCAUGCAUCGAUGGCGCUCCAAAGUGCGAGCUGCAGGGUAUUGACCGCAUGGAUGUGGCUGAUGUCAUUGAUGUAGCCAUGGCAGAGCUGAACAAGAAGUACAAGCCUGUCCUACACCUUAAGAAGCAACAGCUGAUUAACGGCUACAGGCGCUUUGACCCCAUCAGGGGCAUGGAGUACACCUUGGACCUUCAGCUUGAGGUGGUGAACCAAAAAGGUCACAGCCGUUCCAUCACCAAGCGAGUUCAUCUGGUGAGACCUUUAAGUCGGAUUGAGAUCAUUCCCAUGCCCUAUGUCACUGAAGCUACAAGAGUUCACAUCAUCAUACCUCUUACUCUGCAGGACAGGGGCUUUGUUGAUCAUUUCCUAGAAGUCUUUGCCUCUAAUGCUUUUGAGACCAGUGAAAAUGCAAUCCUAACAUUCUUGUUUAUUUAUGACCCAGUGGAGGCCCAGCAAGUUAACCAGAACGAUAUUUUUGCCAGCGUGAAGACCCAGAUAAACACUUAUGAACGCAAGUACCCGACGGUAAAGAUCCCAUGGAUAAGCGUCAAGACCGAAACACCAUCCCAGAUCAAAUUCAUGGACAUCAUCUCAAAGAAGCAUCCAGUUGACUCGCUUUUCUUCUUGGCCCACAUCAACACAAAUGUCAAUUCAGAAUUUCUGAACCGCUGCCGAAUGAAUUCCAUAAACAACUGGCAGGUGUUCUUCCCUGUCCAUUUCCAGGACUUCAACCCUGAUAUAGCCUUUCCCAACCAGCAGCAUCCAGCCACGGUGGAUCUGAUCAAGGACGCAGGACAUUUUGACCACAAGUCAUUUGAUGAAGCAUGUUUUUACAACUCGGACUACAUGGCCACACGCACGCGAAUGGUCUCAGACGUCCAAGAGAAUGAGGAGAUUCUAGAGACUCUGGACAUCUUCGAUAUGUUUGUAAAGUAUUCGGAUCUGCAUGUAUUCAGGGCAGUGGAGCCAGCAUUGCACCAGCAGUACAACUACCAAGCGUGCAAUCCACGGCUCAGUGAAGACAUCUAUCAUAGAUGUGUUCAGAGCAACUUGGAAGGUCUCGGUUCUCGCUCCCAGCUGGCCAUGCUGCUGUUUGAGCAAGAACAAGGAAACAGCACUUGAAAACAUCAGUAAACUUCUUCUCCUCCAAAUCUUUAAAUAGAUUUUGAUGCAAGCUAGAAUUUGGGACAGCCAUGUCUGGGAGCUGAGACUACAUUUGUGACCCUGCCUGUCAUUUUCCAUCUUUUAGUCUGCAUCAAGGAUUAUUCUAGAAUUUUUAACUAGUUUGGAAAAUAUAUGCAGUACAUUCCUAAUGAAACCUUUCCUUAAAUGUUUACAAUACUUGUCCAUACAGAUGAGUUUCUAGAACCAAAUGCUUUUGCUACUUUGGUGAUUCUGAAAGCUGCAUUUAGCAUUUUUGACCACUGUGUGGCAGAAACUCAAAACAGCAGAGCCUUGAUGUAGUGCUGGCUUAAGGUUCGGGCAAACUUUCCGCAUUCCACGUCUGCAGACAGCUGUGAACUUCUUUUCUAUUCCUACGACAAUUGAGGGUCUGCGUCAGUCUGGCAUUCACAUAUGAGCAUUUUCCAUUUCACUUGGCAGAAAUGUUGUUCCCAACUGCCAUAUUUAUCAAGAUCUUUCAACACGGAAAGAAAAUGGUAAUCGGAUGUCUUUGUAUUCCUUUGGAGAUAGAUUGUAUAAAUAUGGUAACAGUGGAUCACCCGAACACCUUCUCUCUAAACAAGCAUCUAUUUAGGUAUAAUCUGCUCUCGUUGGCCAACCAGCUGAACUGGAUUGUGCAACAACUUGAGCAUGAGCAGUCUGCAUGCUUUCUAUGUAUACGGUCUGCACAAAGUCCUUUUUUGGGGGGAGCUGUACACAGACUGUGAGCAUGGACAUGGGCGGACAAUAAUUACGUCAGGCAGACCAAAUCUGUCCGCUGUGGAUGUGGAAAGUAUAAAGCCAUCCCGUUGUUAUGUUUGUUUAAGAUGUCCGCUUCACAUGCAGUGGACACAAGGCUACAUGGGUAGCCAGUUGAAGUUAGUCCUUAUCUCCAGGGGUCCAGUGUAAUUCCAAUAUUCACAGGGAUUUUAUCAUACUUGGGCCGUUAACUCCUGGAAGAAAUAUCUCCCUUUCGACCAUUUUGAGUUGUGGAGGUAUUAUAAAAUAAACAAAUAUUAGAAGUGUAAGGUGCAGCUGCUUAUAGUUUCUUUUGGGAGGGUUGAAUUUGAAAUCAAAGAGUUAAAAAGUGACAAAAAGCUGGUAUAUAGUGGUUUUGUUGUUUUUCAGUAGGAUCGGAAGUGCUAGCAGCAGCGCUUUUACAUUUCUAGAAUGUCAUUUCAUUUAACAUUAAUAUCAAAGAUGCUGUUACAUGGAGCUUUAUCUACUAGAUGUACGUUAGCAUAUUGCACCACAAGUUGUGAGCUCCUUCAUGUUGAAACAUUGUGCUUUUUUACUUUAAUUUUUACUGAUUUGGGUAUUUUAAAAGCGCAUUUCUGUACAUGUGCCUUGACACUGAGUUUUCAUAUGGUGACUGUUAAAAUGAUCUUUCUGUUACACAGAUUUUAUAUUUAACCCUUCAGGUGUUACACAUCUGAACUUACAACAUGAAUAACAGUUCUGAAUGGGUGAGAGAGAUUAUCUUUCACUGUGGAUAAAGCUUGUUACAUAGCUGAGAAAACUGAAUGGAUAUUCAGUGAACCUUCAAUUUUUUAAAGGUGACUUGCAAAUUUCGUGAUCACAACCAUCCACAGGUUGUAAACGUGCCUCAAUGCAGGAAAGGAGUUGGUAAAAAGUAUCUUCUUCUUGAUCUUCAGAGGUCACAGAUGAACACUAGUAUAUUCCAGAGGGCCAACACUGUGUAUUUGAGUUACAGUUUUCUCUGUGAAAUCUUUAGAUGUUGCAAGAACAUUUACAUGCAGGAGGGAAAGGAGAAUUAUGAAUAAUGAGGAUAAAAAUCACCUUGGUAAAUGUCUGAAGUGAUUGCCCAGGUGGGUCCUCAUUGAAGUGGUACUUUAAAACAAGAUUUAAUUAGUAUAGAAAUGUUGAAAUUAAGAAUGUAUGAGACAUUUUUUCACGUCAUCAAGUAUAGCAGACUGAUUUUAUACUCUUAAAGAGGAUGUUUAUAUGUUCCAAAGUAUUUUGGACUGUAUUGUUAAAGAUUUUUGUAAGUUAUUGAAUGAUGUCAGUGUCCUCCAUUUCCUGAGCUCAGUUUUAGAAAUUGUUGCUUUCUCCCAGCCGCAGUGCAGUCCAAUGGGAGGCCUUUUCUACAUUAUUCAGUGGUGGUUGUGGAGGUUGAGGUACUGGACACCAGAAAGUUAUUAGUAUAUUAUGAUGUGCAAUAUUACAGAUAACACAACUGGCUAGAUGUCCAAUGGAGGACAGGACUUUUAAAUUCAAAGACAUUUGCUGCAAGUACAGCAGUGUGAAUAUCACGUUACACAAAGUAAGACUCGUGCUUUCUGUUUAUUGUUAAGUAAAUACACUGUAAUUUCUUUUGUCAAGACCUUUUAAUGUAUUUUGCUGACACUAGACACUUUUCAUCAUCAUAUUUACUUUGAAAUGGAUCAAAAUAAGGCAAGUCCUUUUUUUUAUUUAACUUUAAUCAGAUUCAAAGUAUCUGUUGGAAACACUACAUCCACAGUUGUGAUCCUCAUCAGUGUUUGCUGUAUUUUCUGCCAUGUGAACAAAGACCACGGAGGUCAUUUUUUUUUAUAACGCAUCUCUUUCUUGACGAGAGCAGAAAAGUGUGACACUAAUAAUGUGCGCAAUUGGAAACUGAAUCUUCCAAAAACCACUGUGAAAGAUGGAGGGCUUAGAUUACAAUAUGAAGUUAUUGUGGUGAUCUGCGUCGUCUCUGCCUUCUGUACACAUGAGAAGCUUAAAAUUAAGUGAGCGUGGCAGAUUAAUCACCAGGCGUUGUUAACAGAGCCACCAUCGCUGAGCGAAGUCUCAAAGUAUUUUGUCCAUAACUUAUUUAUCUGUCAUUUCUCUAUGAAUUAUGCAGAUUCUGAACUUCCGCACUAACAGAGACUUUCAUGACAUUCUCUGUACAUGUAUAAAUAUUUUAUAGAUUCUAUUUUUAAGCCUUUUGUAGCUUUAUGUACACAGCAAUUGAUUCUUUUAUUAUUUUUGUGACAAAAUUAAACAUAUACUGUAUUUUACUUUGUAUGCAUAUGGGUACUAGUAUAACCAAAGUGAUACAUUUUAAUUAAUGCUCAUCACAUUUAAUUGUGUGCUGUAAUUCCCAAAUGAACUGUGAAUUAUUGUAAUUUUUAAAUAAAGAGUAUUUGAAUAUAA